AUGCCUCUCUGUACACUCCACCUCCUCGCCCUCCACAGCACUACACCUAAUCCCAUAUUGACCUUUCUCUCCACAUUGAAGUCUACGAACAUACCAACGCUCGUCAUUUCACGCGUUAUACGUUGGAUCAUUCUUCCCUCAAAGCUUUCAACCGAACACCUACUCGCUCGAAACAUCCACUGGGAUCUUCUGCUCAUCUUACCCAGUACCGAUGCUCUCCCGUCAGAACUCGAGAAACUAGUUCACCACCACUGGAGCGUAACUGCAGGUGUACCAUCUCGUCUAGUUCAGGACUUUUCAUCAAAGAACGACAAGCUACUGCACCCGGACCCGAGUUCUGUCCCCAAAGUCCAAGCGCAGAAGCACAGCAAAACCACCGAGUCAAGUCAAAGCCUAGAACUCAGCGAUGAGCUUAACAAAUGGAUUGAGACCUUCGCCAGCAGUGGCGCUAAAGAAGGCAAAGGUGCAGUAUCAAUGUUCAACCUCCUCGCCUUCAAUCCCGGGAUGAAAGAAGAGUAUCUAAAAUACGGUGCCGCAUUCGCCAAAUCCAUCGGCUCUAAGCACGGCGGCAAUGCGAAGAUCGUCGGAAACGCGACACACGUCAACGGUGCGGCUAUUACCAAGUCCUCGAACAGCAGUGUCGGUGUCAAUGGUGAAGUGGGUGGAGGAAAAGAUGACUGGGACGAGAUUGCGCUGGCGCAUUAUCCUAGUAUCUUGCACUUUAGGGAUAUGUUGGCGAGUGAGGAUUAUCAGGAGGUCAACCAUCGGCAUCGCGUGCCGAGUUUGAGGGAUACUUGUAUUCUUAUGACUAGUGAGAUUGCGAUUGAAGAGUUGAUGAGGGAGGGUAAAGGUGGAUCAAAGCUUUGA